CCAGGGGCUUGUUUUGGAGCAUGACAGAAGUUGCGUAGUCAUAACACUCUAACGUAGCAGGCAAAUGGAAUGCUACUGGAACUUUCCACUGGACAGGAUAAAAGCUGUGAGCCUUAGUCUGCUCCGGACAUAAGCUCUCAGAAACACACUCAGAGACGAGACCAACAGAGACCAGCAGAAACGACACAGAGUUGAUUUGAAGAUGCUUUGCCCCAGCAUGAUGCAGCCUUCCCUCAAUCCAAUGAGCCCAAUGAGCCCCUUCAUGGACUUCCACUGGCCCGUUCGCAGUCUCUGGCCAGAGACACGGCCUCUCUUCUUCCAGAUGGAGCAGGAAAUUAUGCGAAAUAUGCAGGAGAUGAGGCACAAUAUGGAAUAUAUGCAACGACUGCACCAAAAGAUUUUUGAAGACAUUGAAGGCCCAUUAUCUUCAACUGAGUUCAAGCCCAUCUCUUUCCAGAUGGGAAAAGAUAACAACCGUUUUGCACUGACACUGGACACUAAAGACUUCUCCCCAGAGGAGCUGUCUGUCAAGCAGGUGGGCAGGAAGCUGAGAGUCAGUGGGAAGACAGAGAAGAAGCAGGAUGAUGGAAAGGGCUCCUUCUCUUACAGAUGCCAGGAGUUUAAACAGGAGUUUGAUCUGCCUGAAGGUGUGAAUCCUGAGACGGUCACCUGCUCUUUGAACGAUGGACAGCUACAGAUCCAGGCUCCAAAAGUGGUUGCUGUGACAGAAGGCAAUGAGAGAGUGGUUCCUAUCACUUGCUUACCUGCCAUAACCUCACCCGGCGCCGCAGCUGAGAGCACUGCUGUAGAGGCAGAGCCCAAGAAGGACUGAUUAUGAUGACUCUGUAUCAUGAUAUAAAUAAUACCAUUAGCUUUAUGGCUGGACAAUAAUAUACAACUCCCAUGAAUACCAGUUAGUACAGACAUCAGUGAAUUAUCUCGGGUAAAUUGCUCUUUUGUCAAAUUUGAUAAAUGCAAUGUCAAUAAUUCUCAAUGGCAUGGAAUGUAAAGCCAAUGUUUAUGCACAUUCAAUAAAUGUAUUUUUAUUUUG